AUGGCUACGUCGCCACCCGAAUAUAUCCGAUGCAAGCCAUUUACGAGAGUGGAAUCAGACGAUGAGGAUGAAACGGAAUCUGAUGCUAAAAGACGACUCGAAAUUCUACGAACGCAAGAACUACGGAAGCAAUCACGAAUUGUCAAUAUCCCUCGAAAAGAUGAUAAACCUUUAAACACAAUACCUCGAGGUGAUUUGACCGCAAUGUUCACUGUACCAAAAGCCCCCAAUCACUCAUCGUCAAUGUUUCGUGAUCUGCACUACAGUCAAUUCGAUCGUGGUCUUUAUCAAACCGUCGGCUUUAACACGAUGAACGAAUCAGAAUCGUCUUACGAUGCCGAAUCGAUCGGUAGUUAUGGUUCAGUGAAGAUCGGUAUCGUUUACGACGAGAAUCUCAAUCUUUUAACCGUUUCACUGAAACAAGCGAUUGAUUUGAAUGCUAAAAGACAGGACGGCCAUCCAAACCCUUACUUUCGAGUACAGCUGGACGUACCAUCCAACCAGCCGGACGUCUCACGCCCCAUCAAAGAAGCGCCACAACAAUCAAAAACUUACAAAGAUACAUCGUCACCAAUUAUGAAUGAUGAAUUCUAUUUUCAGAGCGGCUGGGGUGAGGUGCUCUUCUCUCUGACUUAUUUAUCUAAAGCACAAAGACUGACGGUUAAUAUGUUCAAAGCACGAAACCUACGGAUUGAAUCAAUUGAAGGACAACCAGCCAUAGCUGUGAAAGUGAGUUUGUUGGGUAAUGACGAAAAACGAAUAAAAAAGAAGAAAACAUCGACAAAAAAGAAUACGAGAAAUCCGCAAUUCAAUGAGCCAUUGACUUUUGGUAUCGCAAAGAGUUCACUGUGCGAUAUUAUUCUCGAAAUUGAGGUAGUGCAUGAAUACGGUACGUUUGGAAUGGGCUGCAAGGUGCUCGGUAAAAUGGAAUUGCCAUUACAUAAAUGCAAAGAGCUUUGGCGUGCGAUCAUUCGCGAAGAAAAGUCUCAAGCGCGUUGGUAUAGUCUAGACGAAACAUGA